UUCAGGAUUUCUGAAAUGAAAUUCUAACCAGCAGCAAUCAAAUAGACAUGCAAUAUAACAAGCGAUGCCGAAGAGACACAGCAAUGAAUAGAAGACGACAUGUACCAUCAUCAAAUGAUUCAUUUGGUAUCACAUUGAAUUUUGGAUUGAAAACCUGACAGGAACUGAUUAGGACUAAUUUUGGUGGCAAUAAAAGGAUGAUAAAUACUUGUUACGGAAGCUAUUUCGAAUGCUGAACAGUUGAGAAAGAGAAGAAAAAGAAAUCGGAAUAAUGCUAUGCGAAGUAAUCGUGGUAUGAACGAGGUUGAUCAUUCAACCAAUGAACAGCAAUUGUCUCACGGCAAUGCUACUGUCGAGGAAAGUGAUAUACCAGGAUUCGCAUAUGAUAGUGUAACUAAACGCUAUUACAGACUGCAACCGCAAGCUAGUGGUCCCAAUAUUGGAUUCCGUGAAAGCGAUUUAAGAGACAUUCGACAACACAAUUCAUUUAUCGCUAGACGUGACCGAUGCUGUACCAAAUCUUGUCCAUCUGUGUCAUGGCUGCCAAAACUGAUACAACGGCGAGAAUUGCAUGGUAGCAAUAUAUCACGAUUUACACGUUUAGUUGCUGAAGGAGCACUGCGUGGCGUCCGAAGAGAGCCCAGCUACGUUUAUACGGGAUGUACAGACAUUGAGACAUUGCAUUCUUGUCAUUAUGUGGACAUUAGUGAUGAUGGGACAACUAUCGUUGGAUGUUGGUCAGUGAGACGCAGGCGGGAUGAAGGAUGGAGGGAUACAUGUGGUGCACGACUUAUUUGUUUCAAAGUUACAGCUGGUUGUUAUGAUAAGACAGAAAGCGAGUGUUGGAAUAAGUUUGGGUUAAAAAUUGGGAGCAGUACAUAUGGUGCGAAUCUGGUAAAGUCAAAUUUAAUGGAUAUGUGUGUCGAACCGAUAAACGACAAUAUCACAUGCGCAUUAUACAUUACGACACAGACCAUUGUUACUAUGCAUAAUCGAUUUUCAACUUUAAGUCGAGUUUGCGUCGAACCAAUAGCUGAGUUUUCUUCGGUUCACGAUCCAACCGAAUUACAUCUGCCCUCGUAUAACAUGAGAUGGACAUGCCAGAAGUAUGUGCGUGCAAUAGCUUUCAGUAGAAAUCGAAUGGCAAUUGGAAUUGGUUUAGAAGAAAAUGCUUUGUUGUUGAACAUUUCAUUGGAGCAAACUACUCGUAUCAACAGUUCGGAAAGAGGUGUAAUGAGUCUAGCUUUUAAUGCGGAUGGGAAUUUAUUGUUUAUGGGUGUAAUGGGUGAUGAUGUAAUUUGCUCAGAUUUACGAAUGAGUAAUCGACCUAUUGUUGCCACCUACGAUGAUACGAAAAGUGUGAGUUGGCUGAAAACGUUACGAACAAAGCCUGAUGUAUUUGUUACCGAAGAUCAUGUUGGAGUUAUAAAAUUUUGGGAUAUUCGGAUGUGUAAGCCUCUGUUCAGGAUCGAUGACAAUAUAAAUCCUUAUAAUAAGACACCGAUGCAUCUCGAGAAGGAUGAAAGGAUUCUCUUCUCGGCUACCUCAGACGGAAUUACACGAGCUUGGUCAACUUAUAAUGGAGAGAAGUUAUGUGAGUUUCCGAGUCAUGACCCAAGGAAUUCAUCGCGGAAGCCGAGACUUGCUUAUGCAUCCAAUUUGGGUGGUUUCUCCGGUAAUGCUGCUAUUCUCGUAGCUACUGGAAGUGACCUUCAUGUUCACGAAUUGGUGUUAUGAUAAUCUUAUGCCGUUACUGUAAAUGUUGUAAAUAUGUGAUGUGCUUAUUUUCCAAUCGCAGUUCGAAAGCUCUAAUUUUUCGUUGUGUUUAGAAAUUAUUCUUUGCGACCGAUACUUUAUUAAUAAUUGCUAUGAGAUAUUUUCGAGUGUUACUAAUAUUAUUACGUGUCAGAAGACAAAAGUCUUUCGUUACAUAGCUACUAAUUUUACAGUUGUGAUCAC